GUUUUGUUUUUCCCAAAAUCGUUUAUUUAUGCUGUCUGUAACUGAGUUGGGAAUUGUUUAAUAGAGCUCUAAACAACUGUUUAUCUGCCAUUACUAUACAAUUGGACAAUAUCUGCCAUUUAGAGGCAUAUUUUUCGCACCGAGGAGUUUAAUUCUUCGUAUCAUGGGGAAAAGGGAACGGAGCGCGAAAAGUGGAAUGAGACACACGGGAUACCUACUGCAGAUGUCCACACCGGGAUUAUUUUUACUCGUCUUCGUCCACAUCGUAACAGCACAAGUGGAUGAUGACUUCCUGGGACUGGGGGAGCUACCGGAAACAUUCCCCUCGGAUCCCCCUGAGCCCCUCCCACACUUCCUGAUGGAGCCGGAGGAGGCCUACAUUGUCAAGAACAAACCCGUCAAUCUCUACUGCAAGGCCACGCCCGCCACCCAAAUCUACUUCAAGUGCAACAGCGAGUGGGUCCACCAGAAGGAGCACACUGUGGAGGAGCGGGUGGAUGAGGCAUCUGGUAUGGUGGUGCGUGAGGCCAGCAUUGAGAUUUCACGACAACAGGUGGAGGAGCUGUUUGGGUUGGAGGAUUUCUGGUGCCAGUGUGUGGCGUGGAGCUCGGCUGGGACCACCAAAAGCCGCAAAGCCCACGUCCGCAUUGCCUAUCUCAAGAAAACUUUUGAUCAGGAGCCUCUGGGGAAGGAAGUUUCUCUGGAACAGGAAGUGCUCCUGCAGUGCCGUCCACCUGAGGGAAUACCUGCUGCUGAGGUGGAAUGGCUGAAGAAUGAUGAGGUCAUUGAUCCUGCAGACGAUAGGAAUUUCUACAUCACGAUCGACCACAACCUGAUAAUUAAGCAGGCACGCCUGUCGGACACAGCCAAUUACACCUGUGUGGCCAAGAACAUUGUUGCUAAGAGGAGGAGUACUACUGCCACUGUCAUUGUCUAUGUGAAUGGUGGCUGGUCAACGUGGACUGAGUGGUCAGUUUGUAACAGUCGGUGUGGACGAGGCUAUCAGAAGCGCACCCGUAGCUGUACUAACCCUGCACCCCUCAACGGGGGUGCCAUCUGUGAGGGGCAGGCUAUCCAGAAGUUGGCCUGCACCUCACUGUGUCCAGUGGAUGGUCUGUGGACGGAGUGGAGUAAAUGGUCUACUUGUGGAACGGAGUGUACCCAUUGGCGGAGGAGGGAGUGCAAUGCCCCGGCACCCAAGAAUGGGGGCAAGGAUUGUGAGGGCAUGGUGCUACAGUCCAAGAACUGCACAGAUGGGCUCUGUAUGCAGAGUUCAUUUUAUCAGAUGUCUACUGAGCCUAAAGCCAACAGUGAUUUUGGAUUUCCAUCUGCACCCAGCACAGACGACAUGGCGCUGUAUGUGGGCAUUGUCAUCGCAGUCAUCAUGUGUCUGGUUAUCUCUGUCAUCGUGGCACUCUUCAUCUACCGCAAGAACCACCGCGACUUCGACUCUGACAUCAUGGACUCCUCCGCCCUCAACGGAGGCUUUCAGCCUGUCAACAUAAAAACAGCUCGAACAGCGGAUCUCCUGACCGCGCCCCCUGACCUCACCUCCGCGGCUGCCAUGUACCGUGGUCCCGUCUACGCCCUCCAUGACGUGUCUGACAAAAUCCCCAUGACCAACUCUCCGCUGCUGGAUCCGCUGCCCAACCUCAAGAUCAAGGUGUAUAAUUCCUCUGGCCUGGUCACCCCCCAGGAGGACCCCUCUGACGUCACCUCCAAACUCUCCCCCAAGCUCACGCACUCACUGCUGGAUGGUGAGGCCAUGAACCUCCGUAGCCAGAGCUUGGCUCGAACCCGGGACCCAUCCUGCACUGCGUUCGGAUCCUUCAACUCACUGGGAGGACAUCUCAUUGUUCCAAAUUCAGGUGUGAGCUUGCUUGUGCCGGCAGGAGCCAUCCCUCAAGGCCGAGUGUAUGAGAUGUACGUGACAGUACACAGGAAGGACAGCAUGAGGCCCCCUGUGGAGGAUACACAGACUGUUCUGAGUCCAGUGGUGAGCUGUGGGCCCCCAGGGGCCCUCCUAACCCGUCCUGUUAUUAUCACCAUGCACCACUGUGCCAAAGCCAACAGCGAGGACUGGCAUAUCCAGCUCAAGAGCCAGUCGCAGCAGGGCCAAUGGGAGGACGUGGUGGUGGUGGGCGAGGAGAACUUCACCACACCCUGCUACAUCCAGAUGGACGCGGAGGCGUGUCACAUCCUGACGGAGACGCUGGGGACGUACUGUCUGGUGGGGCAGUCAGUCAGCAAGGCUGCUGCCAAGCGGCUCAAGCUGUCCAUCUUUGGGCCGGUCACCAGCACAGCCCUGGAGUACCACAUCCGGGUGUACUGUCUGGAUGACACACAGGACGCCCUCAAGGAAGUUCUACAGCUGGAAAAGCAGAUGGGUGGAAAGUUGCUGGACGAGCCAAAGACUCUGAGCUUCAAGGACAGCAGCCAUAACCUCCGGCUUUCCAUCCACGAUAUCCCACACUCACUCUGGAGGAGCAAGCUGCUAGCCAAGUACCAGGAGAUGCCCUUCCAGCAGGUGUGGAGCGGCUCUCAGCGCUCGCUGCACUGCACCUUCACCCUGGAGCGCUUCAGCGUGGCCACCGUCGAGCUCACCUGCAAGCUGUGUGUGCGGCAGGUGGAGGGAGAGGGGCAGAUAUUCCAGCUCAACAGCACUCUGUCAGAGGACACACAGAGCAUUGACACAUCGCUGCUAGACCCGGCCAGUAACAUCACCACCCUGGUGGGACCCAACGCCUUCCGCAUCCCGCUUUCCAUCCGUCAGAAGCUGUGCGGCAGCCUGGACGCCCCGCACACCCGUGGCAAUGACUGGAGGAUGCUGGCGCACAAGCUCAACCUUGACAGAUACCUGAAUUACUUUGCUACAAAGUCCAGUCCAACCGGAGUCAUCCUGGAUCUGUGGGAGGCACAGCACUUUCCUGACGGAAACCUCAACCGGCUGGCUGCUGUGCUGGAGGAGAUGGGUCGCCAGGACAGCAUCGUGCCCAUGGCAACGGAGCACUGACACCUGCCUCCAGAAUUGACCCAUGAGGGAAAUGACCAAUGAGCUGCCUUUGAUAAGACAAAUCCAGUCCAGAGAAAAUGAGCAACAAAGACCUUGUAUAUGAAUUCACAGAAGUCAAAUAACGAUGGCUGUGUUUCAUUUC